UGCGGCGGGGCCGGCGCUCCCCGCCGGGGCUCCCCAUGUGGCUGCAGCAGCGCCUCAAGGGGCUGCCGGGGCUGCUCUCCAGCAGCUGGGCGCGGCGCCUGCUGCUGCUGCUGGCGGUGCUGCUGGUCGCCUACUGGUACCUGCUGGCGGGGCGGGCGCGGGGCGCGGGGCGCGGGGCCGAGCCGGGCGGGGCGGCCGCGCUGUGCCUGCGGGCGGCCGAGGGCGCCUGGCGGGCUCAGACCCAGCGCGGGGAUGCGCUGCCGCUGCCCGGGGACGCGGCGGGGGGCGAGGGCACGGCGGGGCCGGCGCUGGCGGGUAACGGGUGGCUGCUGCUCGAUGUGGCGGCGGGGCGGCUGUGGGUGAGGCCGGCGGGGGCCGCGGCGGGCCCGGCGCUCGCCACCGAGUACCCGGCGCUGGUUCGGCUGCGGGUGCCGGGCGGGCGCGGCGAGGCGCGGGCGGCGCUGGCGGCGCUGCGGGACGGGGCGGUGCGGGCCGUGCGGUGCGUUCACGUCGGGCCGGGCUCCGGGCCCGGGGACUGCGUGACGGUGCGGGAGGACGUGGUGGCACACCGGGGCCGCCCGCACCUCUACCUGCAGCGCCUCCGCAUCGCCAACCCCACCGACAGGGUGGUCGCCUUCGAGGCCGCCUCCUCGCCCCCCGCGCCCGGCGGGCGGUUCUCCAGCAGCCUGGAGAAGGCGGGGGAGCGGCAGUUCGUGCUCUCCUCGGGCCGCCUGGCGCUGCCCGGCGGAAACAAGGCGGUGCUGGUGGUGGUGGCGGCCCAGAAGCUCGCGAGCCGCCUGCAGGUCGCGCCCAAGUCGCACUUCGACGAGACGGUGCUGUCCGUGGUGCACACCUCGGAGCCCACCGAGCCCGCCCGGCUGGAGGAGACCCUCGGCAGGCUGAGGGAGGCGGCCAGGAAAGAGAUGCUGGAGGUGAUGCAGAUGGGGGUGGAAGAUCUUUUCCAGGAGCACCAGCAGACCUGGUCUGACCUGUUCAUUUCAGGGAUUGAAAUGAGGAAGAUCACAGAUGCUCACACCCCAUCCAGCGAGACUGUCAACAUGACCCUCUACUACGUGCUGUCCACCGUGCCAGCCCCCCUGCUGGACCCCCUGCUCAGUGCUGAGGACAGGGAGAGGAUGGAGGGCAGCCUGAACUACGCCGACCACUGCUUCAGCGGCCACGCCACCAUGCACGCCCAGAACCUGUGGCCAGCCAGGCUCACCAGCGUCCCCCAGAUCCUGCAGCUCUCAGACCUGUGGAAGCUCACCCUCCAGAAGCGGGGCUGCAAGGGCCUGCUGGCAGCCGGAGUGCACGGGCUCAUGCAGGGCAUGGUGCUGAGCUUCGGGGGGCUGCAGUUCACCGAGAACCACCUGCAGUUCCAGGCCGACCCCGACGUGCUUCACAACAGCUACUCCUUGCGGGGCAUCCGUUACAACAAGGACCUGAUCAACCUGGCCGUGCUGCUGGACGCCGAGGGGAAGCCCUUCCUGCACGUGUCGGUGAAGCUGCAGGAGAAGCCAGUGAGGCUGUACGCCUGCGAGGCGGGCUGCAUGAACGAGCCCGUGGAGCUCACCUCGGAGGCGCGGGGUCACACCUUCCCCAUCAUGGUCACCCAGCCCAUCACGCCCCUGCUCUACAUAUCCACAGACCUGGUCCACCUGCAGGACCUGAGACACACACUCCACCUAAAAGCUAUCCUGGCUCACGAGGAGCACAUGGCCAAGCAAUACCCGGGCUUGCCCUUCCUCUUCUGGUUCAGUGUGGCCUCCUUAAUCACUUUGUUUCACUUGUUUCUGUUCAAACUCAUCUACAACGAAUAUUGUGGGCCUGGAGCCAAGCCUCUCUUCAGGAGUAAGGUGACUGUCCCCGACUCUGCUCACUGAAAUGCCCAGAAGCUUCACAGCCCCAGCCCAGGGCUGAGCCACCCCCCGGCCUGGACACUGCAGAGCCUGGAGCGACAGCAAACUCCGCUGCCUCGUCUUGGGUGGACCUGCUGAACAGGAAGGUGAUGCACAACUUGAUUCCAGAGCCAGGGCAGAAGUGGGAGCCAGCUGAAGCUCAGAGCCUCUGCAGCAGUGAGGUGGAUGGUGGAAUAACCCCCUGUUCCGUGAGUUGAAUGGGAACAUCCCCGUGUCCAAGUGAACUUAGUCCUGCUUUCAGCCUCUGUUUGCACAAGACAUCUGACAAUUUUGCAGCUGAGAACCAAGGACCUUUUGAAAGCAACAAUCUUUUUGUGCCUUGCUAUGACAGGAAUCUGAGACUUGGAAGGUGUGGUGAUUGAAGAGUUUAUGCCAGAAGUUCAUGUUAACAGAUGUUUCCUUUUCCUUGUAAGCUGUUCAGUUCCCUAAGAGUAAUCCAUUUGGUGAAAAUACUUGAAGAUAUACUAAGUUCUUUGAUAUUUUGAUUUGGUUUUGUUUUGUUUUUCUUUUUUUUUUUUUUAAUUCUACAGGAGAAUAAAGAAUGAUGAUUCCCUUCAGAGAGUUAACUAGAAAACCUUAGUGUAACUUCCUUUCUGGUAUACAUUUUUUAAUUUAUUGCUUGGGGGUGGGGGAGGAUGUUGAUAAUUUUGCCUCCACUUCAGUAACAGUCCAUUGAUCUGUAGAUAUCUAAGUCCUGGUAACAGGUUUUUCAGCCUUCAUGACUGUAGAGUGCAAAAUCAAUGUGCUGAAAUUGUUUCCUGGAUUUACCCUUGGAAAUGCUGAUCUGCAGGUUUCCUACUCUAAGCCUACUGAGACUUUAUGCAUUGAUUUGUUUUGGCUAGGGGAGGGGGAAGACAUCCCACUUUCUAGUGAUUUAAAGGUUGUUUGGUUUUAAAAUACCAAAGCUGUUGUUUCUAAAUAAAUAUCUUUCAGUCUAAUCUGA